UGCACUAAUGUAUUUGCUUUUCAUUUUGCUUUUUAAGAACAAUUCUUAAGUGCUUCUACUUCGUCACUGUGGAUCCAAGUCAGUUCACAGCAACUCGAUGUCCAUCACUCUCGGAUGUCAAGCUCUAUGUUUCCUAGCGACCCCUUCUGGAUGGUUUGUUUCACGUGAUUCCCAACUCUGCAGCUAUGGAAUCACCAACAAGACUUCGGCCCAGGGGCUCAAUGCCUCACGUGGCUAGUCAAUGGAAUUCGGGCCAACAUCAACGUGGCAGCUACGAUGCCAGGCUAUCCACAGGGAAAGCCAGGAAAUCAACCGAGUAUUUGAGGCCGAUUGCAAUUCCACCUUCUCGACCAGGUCGCCAACCGAGGCAGAGUCCUGGUAUGAGCUUUCUUGCUACUCCUGAAACGGAGAGAUGGGAUUUCGGAUCCAUUCGACAUAUUAGACAGCACUCCUCGGAGACGAAAACACCAGUAUCGGCCGUGGACUCUGUCUUUGAGCUUCCGUCAGCUACUUCAUAUAACUCCCCAAAUUCUUCAACGCACUCCUCUUUCAUCGCCGAAUUAGAGGACACAUCACCGAUGGCACUUCGAACACAGAAACCCUCUGUACAAAGAAGUUCAACCGCGUCACCUGCUGUUUCCCACUCUAGCAUGGAGUUCAAAUGCGCUGAAAUGACAUCACGUGCAGUCAUCAAAGUGGUCGAUGAAACAAUCGCGGCCAUCGAAGAAACGAAUCGCAAGCUGUUAUCAAGAGCAGUUGCAGCCGAAGAAGCAGCAAAUCAACUUCGGGAGCAGAACUUGGAGCUUGAAUCAAAGAUCAAACACUACAGUAAUAAUCAUCGACCAAAGACAGCUCCAUCUCAACCACCAAAUGGGACUCGACCUCAUCACCGACCAUCACCAAGCUCUUACUCCCAGCCCAGAACAUCUCAAAUGUCAAUAAAUCAUGACCCAACUCCUCUUUCCACCUUCAACGCCCAAAUAGACAAACUCCUCCUCCCACAACCCCCAAAGCGAGACAGCCGACCCCGCGAACCGCCGCCUUACCCACCAGUUCAUUCUCACUCCCACAGCAGCUCUACCCCUAUCUCAGCCCCAACGUACAUAGACCUAGCCCCCACCACCGGCACCCCAACCGGCCUCUCAGCACCACCAAAACACCAUCAGCGUCCACCACCCUUACCCCUUCAACCUCGCACCCCAUCUCACUCAAAUUCAAAUUGCCCCGCCUCUUUUCGAUCAUACUCACAAACCAACCUCACGAUUUCAGGCCCGAUCCCAGGCUCGGUCUCUAGACACGAAGUCACCUACGGCGGCACACCGCUCUCGUCUUCUCAGCGCGCGAAAAACAUCUCGUUGGAAGAAGCGAGGAGGAGAGCGAAGCCGCUGCCGCCGUUAGGACCGAUGAGUCCCAGUGUGCUGAAGGGAGUGGUCGAGAUUGGGGGCGGGAAGGAGAGGGAUGAGUGGGGGAGAGUGGUGGAGAAGGAGGAAGUGAAGAAGAGAGGAUUUGGUGGCUUUUUCAAGUGGAGGAGGGAGAAAGAGAACAUAUUUUGAUUGGGAAUACUUAGCAUUUUUGUAAGGCGUCUGUAGGUUUGUUGCAUUGCGUGGUGGUUAUAUCCUACUAGUGCUUUUCGGUUGACUCGCGGACAUCAAAGAAAAUAUAUCAUCAUCCACCUCCAGUCCCG